AUGGCGGCUACCAAGGGCACGGCUUCACUUUCACGAAAAAUGACCACCACUAUUGAUACCAACACCUGGAGCAUUACUAGACCUCGGACACUGCCUCCUCACACAGCGUUGGGGCCCUUCUAUGCAUACAUAUUCGCUGAAGAAGCGCGAGUCCAGCAAAUCAUUCCCCGCACGACUACUACCGCUGCUGAUGAGACGGAAUUUGUGUCGGGGCUUGUGGAGAAAGCUAAAGCGUACGACCAUUCGAAUGUCAAAUGCGUGUCAUUCUCAAAGUCCUUAUCUCCAGCUUCGAAAACUUUUGAAAGGAACACUAUAGCAGCAAAUGCUAAGCUGAUUGGAGAAUACACUAUUUCGGAACCACGAUUGACUCCGAAUUACAAACCCCAUGAUGACAUGGAUGUUGAGAAUCGCAUCAUUCAAUCUAUAGAAAAAUUACUUGAAGAGGGCGACGAUUUGCCUUUCGAGCACUCACAGCUGACAGUUACCACUGACGACACUGAUAGUCUAAACAGCGACUAUACAAGCGAUACGGAAACUUGCUCGGAUCUGAAGUCAGAGGGACUCCGAGAUGUCGACAACUAUACGACAAGCUUUGUUCAGGAAUCCAUAAAUGAGUACGCCAAAAUAGAACAAGAGUCUAUGAAGGUCUACCGUUCGAUUGAGCAAUGUUUUAAUGCAAGCGAGACCACCCAAGCCAAUACAUCUAGUUCACAUAUCGAAGGCCAUGGUGCGUCAGUCAAAAACUUCCCAAGUACAUCGAAAGCAUUGCGCGCCCUUCGUGCCGAUAUUAUACAGGACAUUUAUGAGAUUCUAACUGCGGUCAUCAAUAAUACACCUUUACCCACCGGUGACUCCUACAUCUCUCAGCUCGAGAAUAGGUCUGUGAAACCAAGAGUGCGCUGCUUACCGGAACGACUUGAAGAUUCAAGCCCAGAGAGCUUUGAAAGUGAAGCCGCCGACGAUCAAUAUUACGAUGCGGACGAGGGUAUGGGCAAGCCAGAAUGGUUGGACGAUAAUUGGGACAAUGUUGCAGAAGACUAUCCUACCCAACAGCGCCACUACAGACAACAGUGGAUGCGCACGCAUCAGUAUCUGUUCGAAAAGGCGCAACAAGAGUGUGAAAAUUCGGGCUGA